AUGUUUUCUUCAACUGCUUCUUCUUCUAAAAUUCUCGUAGCUAUUUCUUUAGACCCAGAUGAAAGUAAAGAGCUUCUCUCUUGGGCAGUCACAGUUCUGGCUCAUCCAAAUGACAGUAUUGUUGCCAUUCAUGUUCUCGUUGGUGAAGAAUCAAAGAAGCUUGGAUCGAUUUCGAAAAGGCGAUAUCAGAUUCGUCAAGCGAAAGCCUAUGUCAUUUCUAUUCUAGGUGACUUCGCCAACACCUGCCAGUCGAAACAGAUAAAUUUGGAGGCUAAAGUGGGAUUUAGCUCCAGUUUCGGAAGAGGUCUAAUUCAGGAAGCAGAAUUUAUUUCAGCUGAUUUUCUUCUGCUUCAUGGCUCAAGAAACCGUUCACCAAAUAAAUUUUCACAGCAAAUUACAAGGUAUUGUUUGGAAAAUGCCCCGGAAGGCUGCACAAUAGUGUCAGUGGGGAAAUGUGUUGAAGAAAACAAAAAUUCUAGCCUGGAUUCUUCAAAUUCUGCAGAAACUCAUCAGUUGGACUCAAACCACUUGAGCAAGAUCACUAAUAAUGAAAAGGAGCACAUUGUCUUUGAAAAAACAAGGAGCAAGAUUCCAUCACCGAUCACUGUUUUCGAUCAACUGGAGGAAGAAUCUAACAGCACAGAAGACGAUACAUUUAGCGCUGAGGACUCGAGCACCAUCAGCCAGUCUCCUCCUCUGCAGACUCCCAAGUUCAAAGGCCAAUUCAACAAAAACAAUUUAGUGUCUCCUUACAGACUCAUCACUUCAAUUCUGAACUCACCUUGGAGAAGAAGAAAUAGAAGUUUGUCCAACAAGGAAAGGCAUCAGCCUUUGUUGAAGUGUUUCAGCUUCAUGGAGAUCUCGAAAGCCACCAACAACUUCCACCCAGAUAAUAUGGUCGGUCAAGGUGGGUAUUCGGAAGUAUACAAAGGCAAUCUUUCCGAUGGAAGAACCAUUGCUGUGAAGAGGCUGGCCAAGGACAACAAAAAUGCAAACAAAGAGAAAGAAUUUCUCAUGGAAUUGGGCAUAAUUGGGCAUGUAUGUCACCCCAAUACCGCAACUUUAGUCGGUUGCUGCAUAGAAAAUGGACUCUAUCUCAUAUUCAACUUCUCUCAAAAUGGCAAUCUGGAAUCUGCAAUACAUGGAAAAAGAACCAAGUCCCUGGAUUGGCCUGUGAGAUACAAGAUUGCCCUGGGAGUUGCCAGGGGUCUUCAUUAUCUUCACAAAUGUUGUAAGCACCGUAUAAUUCAUCGCGACAUAAAAGCCUCCAAUGUCCUUCUUGGACCGGAUUACGAGCCCCAGAUUACUGAUUUUGGACUUGCAAAAUGGCUUCCAAACAAAUGGACUCACCAUGCUGUGAUCCCAAUUGAGGGGACAUUUGGGUACUUGGCUCCAGAAUACUUUAUGCACGGAAUCGUAGAUGAGAAAACUGAUGUUUUUGCCUUCGGAGUCCUCCUCCUGGAGAUCAUUACAGGGCGAAAACCUGUCGAUUCAUCACAGCAAAAUCUUCUCUUAUGGGCAAAGCCCUUCAUAGAAUCCGGAAAUAUCACAGAACUGAUUGAUCCGAGCCUGGAAAAUAAUUAUGAUUCGGAUCAACUGCAUAGACUAGUGCUAGCUUCAGCCUAUUGCGUGCGACAAUCAUCAAUUCAGCGCCCAUCAAUGAGCGAGGUUUUGGAGUUACUCACUAAUGGGCAUGGCUCUGAAGUCGCAAAGAGCUGGAGGAUGCCAAAGCUUACUUCUGAUUCGGAUGAGUUGAAUGAUUUCUCCAUGUUUUUUGGAUAUCAAGUGCCAACAGAUAUAGAUUUGGAGGAGUUCCUAUAAAGAAACUUUAUUUUAUUUCUCUCACAAUGACUAAAGAUUCUGCUGACAUGAAUUAAAGAGCUUUAGGUGAAUGAGUAGAAGAUCCAGCAGAUCUGGCUUCCUUAUAAUGUAACUUUCAAAAGGGAUUAUUGUACACUAAUUCAUUUUGCUUUAUUCAAUAUAUGUCAAUUUAUUAU